AGAGACACAACAGCAAUGGCGGACGAGAAACCCAAGGAAGGUGUGAAGACUGAAAAUAACGAACACAUCAACCUGAAGGUUGCGGGACAGGACGGCUCGGUGGUGCAGUUCAAAAUCAAGAGGCACACGCCGCUCAGUAAACUGAUGAAGGCCUACUGUGAACGACAGGGACUCACGAUGAGGCAGAUCCGCUUCCGGUUUGAUGGACAGCCCAUUAACGAGACGGACACACCUGCUCAGUUGGAGAUGGAGGACGAGGACACGAUUGAUGUGUUCCAGCAGCAGACAGGAGGCGUGAUGUAAAGCAGCGUCGAGUUCCGUUCCUCCACCGUCCCCUCCAUCAGUUGUUCAUGCUUACGUUUGAAGCGUCACGGCAAAACCACAGACUGAAACAUGGCUGCUCAGAUCCUCACAGACAGUGUUUAAUUUCUCUCUCACACCCCCCCCCCCUCUCUUUCUUGCUCUUUCCCUCUUUAUAGUUGUUAUAUGGAACAUUUUUCACCCUCUGUUCUGACCCACGUGGACCUGUGACCAAGAAACCCUAAAACCAUGUUGAUCAGGGCGUUGUACGUUUAUUUUUGUUUUAUUUUUCUUUUGUCGUCGUCGUUGUUGUUGUUUUCCACUUUGAAUGACCUUCACAGUUUUUGUUUUAUUCACGUUUCAGCUUUUAUAUCUUUUAUAAAUGUACUAGUUCUCUUUUUUGUACCUUCUCAGUUUUAUUCAGCUACAUAUACAAUGUGCAGUGUUGAGAAAGUAGAUUUUUUUUGUGUCCUAAUAAAACAGUUGUAUAAAAUUAA